UCGACUAGUGAGCUGCAGCUGACAUGAUUCUCUGUGUUUGAGGAUAAAAACAACUUCAUCAGGAUCAUCUGGCUUUUCUCCUCCAUCAUUUUACUUCUAUAGUGAAUCACCAUGGCAGCCAACUGUGUGCUGUCUGAGGAGCAGUUUUUGUGCUGCAUCUGUCUGGAUGUGUUCACUGAUCCAGUCACGAUACCAUGCGGACACAACUUCUGCAAAAACUGCAUCACGCAGCACUUUAAUGUGAACAGUGCUCAGUGCCAGUGUCCCAUGUGCAAAAAACAUUUUAAAUCACGUCCUGAGCUGCCCGUCAACACUUUCAUCUCUGAGAUGGCUGCUGAGUUCAGACAGUCAGCAGGGAAGAAAUGCACCGUCGACUCGGAUGUACAAGUCGCCAAACAGGGAGAAAUCCCCUGUGACAUCUGCACUGGGACCAAACUGAAGGCUGUGAAGACGUGCUUGACAUGUUUCGCCUCCUACUGCGGGAUACACCUGGAUCCUCACAUGACAGCUGACCCGCUGAAAAGGCACUCCCUGACUGAUCCAGUGGAGGACAUGGAAGCCAGGGUGUGUGUCAAGCACAAAAAAACACUGGAGCUAUUCUGUAAGACUGACCAGAUGUGUGUGUGCUCGCACUGCACUGUCACAGAGCACACGGCCCACAGCAUCACCUCUCUGAAAGAUGAAUAUGAAGUGAAGAAGGCCGAGCUGGAACAGGCGGAGGCUGAAAUCCAGCAGAUGAUCCAAGAGAGGAAGCUCAAGAUCCAGAAAAUUAAACGCUUAAAAGUGUACAGUAAGGAAGAUGCAGAGAGAGAGAUAGCAGACGGCGUACGCAUCUUCACCGCUCUGAUGCAGACUGCUGAGAGAGACCUGAACGAGCUUAUCGAGAAGAUCGAAGAGAGGCAGAAGACAACGGAGGAACAGGCCGACAGCUUCAUCAAAGAACUCGAGCAAGAAAUCUCUACGCUGAUGAAGAGAACUGCUGACAUGCAGCAGCUCUCACGCACUCAAGACCAUCUUCACCUCCUGCAGAGCUUUGCAUCCAUGAACAAUCCUCUAAGUGCCAAGAACUGGACGGAGGUCAGCUUCCCGCAGCCGUCAUACGAGGGUACAGUGGUGAGGGCUGUCGCUGAGCUGGAGGAGACGUUCAGCAGAGAGAAGCAGCAGCUGCUUCACACGGCCAAGCUGAAGAGGGUCCAGCAUUACGCUGUGGAUGUGAUUCUUGAACAUAACACCGCAAAUCCUUGGCUCAUCCUGUCUGAUGAUGGGAAACAAGUCAGGUGCGGUGAGGUGAGGAGGGACCUGCCAGAUAACGCUGAGAGAUUCUCUCUCUAUGCCACCGUCCUGGCACAGCAGAGUUUCUCCUCUGGAAGAUUUUACUAUGAGGUUGAGGUGACAGGGAAAACAGAUUGGACUCUGGGAGUGGUCAAAAGGUCGGUCAACAGGAAGGGAAUAAUCCCACUAAGCCCCGUGAAUGGCUACUGGGCUGUGGGUUUGAGGAAUGGAAACACGUAUCUAACUCUUGCCAGCCCUGUCGUCAGCCUCUGCCUGAGCUCCAGGCCUCAGAAGGUGGGGGUGUUUGUGAGCUACGAGGAGGGUCUGGUCUCUUUUUAUGAUGUGGAUGCUGCAGUUCACCUCUACACGUUCACUAACUGCUGCUUCACUGAGAAGCUCUUCCCCUUCUUCAGUCCUGGGCUUCAUCAUGGUGGCAUGAACUCUGCCCCUCUGACAAUUUCACCUGUCAACCAAUCUGAUUGGAUCUGAUCAUUCAUAUAAAAAAAAAAAAAAAAAGGAUUUUGGCCAUUUGAGAAGCUCAAGUCAUUGGAACUGAGUGGUGUUUGUUGUGUCUGACACUCUUGAGUUUAGGUUUAAUUAGCUUAAACUUAUGUCUAACACUUAAGAUAAAAAAAAGAAUUGAGAAGAGUCACUCAAGAAUAAAGAUGGCAAUCAUUAAUUUUAUUUUUAUCGAUUUUGAUACCAUUAUCGAGACUCCUUAAUGAUCCAAGUCUUUAUCAGUACCACUAUUAUAGAUAGAUAGAUACUUUUCUAUUAUUUGUUUGAAAGAAGAGGCCCCAGCACUUAAAAGAACCAGCUUUGCUUUUAUUGCUUAACAAGAGACUUUCUUUCAUAUUGCUGGGAAAACAAAUUUCUCUCCCAAACAAGUGUAUUAUUCAAGUUUCUCGACAGAAACAACAUUUUAUUUUUCUUGAUGUUACAUUUGAACAUUUUGAUUUUACUGAACUGACAUUGAACACACCAGAAUGAAAUCUUAUGCAGGCUUGUUUAUUUGGGAGUUGAAGGAGUUUUUUUAAUCCGAAGACAGUCAGAGUUUCUACAUUUCGGUUUAAUUUUAUGUACAAUUGAGGUAUGCUGAUGAGUGAUUUGAUUUAAAUGACACGACUCGACUCGAUGUAGUAUUACAUUAUAGGACCAUGGGACUCGACAGCAGUAUCAAUAAGCUCAAAGGUUUUUUUUUUUUUGAGUUUUGAAAAAAGUUGAACUGAGUCCUCAGUAGAACCAGGUUUCAAUCCCCAUGAUGAACUAAGUCGGUUGCAGGGAGUUAACUAUGUUCUCUCAGACAGCAACACCAACAAACUUGAGUUGAUUCCGGAAUCAAACUGAGCAAGAGCUUUCAGUGCACCAGUAUUUAUACUGUCCAUGGACUCUAAGAUGCUCUUACUGUAUUGCUUAUUUAAAAAAAAAAAAAAAAAACAUUUUUGGUUUUUAGUUUAGUUUUUUUAGUGCAUUGUUUCAUUGUAUCAUGAGAGUUUAUGAAUAUGGCUCCACACUGUUUCCUGUAUUGCAAGUUUAAAGUGAAAAUGGAGUCUUAAAAAAACGAGGUCAAACAGUAAAACUAGCCAUUGACAAAGGUUCUGUUACUGCAAGGUCUACUUUUCACGUAAAACAUUUUCAGAAACAUAUUUUAGUGUACUGUUUGGCUGUAAUAUGAGAGUUUGUGAACAAUAAGUGGGUGCCAUACUGUUUCAUGUAUUGUGGAAAUGGAGAUCACACUGUAGAACUAGGCAGCGCUGAUGAAAUAUAAACUAAGAUCUUGUGACUGCAUUGCCUAUUUUUUGCCUCAAAUGUUUUCAGAAACAUAUUUUAGUGUACUGUUUAUCUGUAAUAUGAGUGUUUGGUAACAGAUGGCUGCCAUAUUAUUGCAUGCAUUAUGUCACCCUCCAGUUGGAGCAUUUAUUGGUCCAGUUCGGUACAGUGCAUUCUGGUAAUUGUAGGUUUUCUACCUCUUGAGCAAAAGCGAAUGCUAUAGUAUUUUUUUUUUCUGUUUUCUGUAAUGAUUUAGAUGAAUGAAUGGAUUUCAAAAGCAGUUGUGGCUUUUCUCCUGCAUAGACAGCCCAGUUUUGUAAAAGACCAUCACUGAAAGAUAUCUUUAACUGAGUUGCAGCAAUAAAAGGAAGACAAACCACAAAUAGAACCGCGAUUCACUAUCAGCUCAGGUUUUUUUUGUUGUUGUUAUUUUUAAUAUUCACUUUGAGCUGAUCCGUUAUUCCUUUUUUUUAGGAUAGCAGGUCCCCUUUAAAUGUUUCUUGUACCAGAUUUACAGUUAAAUCAAUUCUCUAUGCCGUCUCUGUGUGAGAGCUUUUUUGUCCUUAUCACUAUCAAUUAUUAGUUACUGAAAAUCAGAACAGAUUGUCUCAGUUUUUGGUAACUGAAUGCAGUGGUGUAGUCAAGUUCAUUUUAGUGUGUAUACUGUAAUGAUCAAAACCUUGUACAUACCUGUACCGGGGUCCACACCCAUCACCCAACCGCACCCACUGACACAUACAGUACAUGCAUUUAUACAUGCAGUAAUUAGGGGCAUUCCAAAAGACUGGGUGUGUGCUAUCAGGAUAAAACCUCCUGAUUUAUUGGAAGCAACACAAAACUUUACAGCUGAAGACGUUUACAGCCAGGGAGGUUUUAACACUUUGGACUCUGGACCGAUUUUAUGCUGUUUUCAUAAUCCUUUACCAGUUUGUACUUUUUUGUUAUGAUUGUAUUGUUUUUUUUAUCUGAAAUGUUGCAUAUCUUGUUUGUUUUUAGGGAAAUCUGCUCUAUAGGAUUAUGAGUUGAUAUUGCAUUGACGUAUACUCAUGUCAUGUACUGUAUAAAAACAAUAUGAUCAUGUGUUUCAUAUGCUAGGGAAGAUGAAGUUUUUGUGAUAAUGGCAGUCACAUCGGCUGUGUCUUCAGAGUGACUGUAAAUCAUGUAAAGGUACGCAAAAACUGACUUGUAGAUAUUCCUAUAUUUUUGUUUUUAACAGAAAAAAUAAAAAGAUAACCAAAAAGUGCUGCAGAUUAUUCAGUGGUAGUU